AUGCAGGGGAGGCUGCUGGGUAGGUGGGGGUGUCCCUGCCCUCACCCGCUCCCCCGCGCUGCAGUCAUCGAGGAGGCCAACUGGCUCACGCUGGAGAAGGACCUGGAGAAGCCAGGGGACGGGUUUGACGCAGUCAUCUGCCUGGGCAACUCCUUCGCGCACCUGCCUGACUUCAAAGGGGACCAGAGCGACCACAAGCUGGCCCUGAGGAACAUCGCCAGCAUGGUGCGGCCCGGGGGCGUCCUGGUCAUCGACCACCGCAACUACGACCACAUCCUGGCCACAGGCUGCGCCCCGCCUGGCAAGAACAUCUACUACAAGAGUGACUUGACCAAGGACAUCACCACCUCGGUGCUGCUGGUAAACAACAAGGCGCACAUGGUCACCCUGGACUACACGGUGCAGGUCCCCCCCACCGAGGCGGGGGCAGACCCAGAGCUGAGCAAGUUUCGGCUCUCGUACUACCCGCACCGGCUGGAGGCCUUCACAGCCCUGCUGAAAGGCGCUUUCCAGGGGAAGUGCCAGCACAGCGUCCUGGGCGACUUCCAGCCCUACACGCCGGGGCAGGCCCACGUCCCCUGCUACUUCAUCCACGUCGUGAAGAAGACAGCCUGAGGGGGCCAUGGAGAUGAGACUGUGGUGGCCGAGAGCUGCGAGCGGCUCUGGGAACAAGCAGGGGGCUGGGGACAUUGCUGAGAGGCACCGGGCAGUUCCCUCCCAUUAAUUAAGAGCGCUCAUGAGACCUACUGG